AUGUCGAAGACCUUCUCCGCCGCCGACGUGGCCUCGCACAACUCUGCCAAGGACCUGUACAUCAUCGUUGACGAGGAUGUCUACGACCUCACAAAGUUCCAGGACGAGCACCCCGGAGGAAAGAAGAUCCUGACUCGUGUUGCCGGCAAGGACGCCAGCAAGCAGUUCUGGAAGUACCACAACGAGAGCAUUCUCAAGAAAUACAAGAAGAACUUGCUGGUCGGUUCGCUUGAUACCAAGGCCAAGGAGGCGCCCAAGGAGGAGUCCAAGCCGGCGCCCAAGGCCAAGGAGGCCGCCGUUCCUCAGGCUGAGUCCGGUACCGCCUCAGUCGCUCCCACUGAUGCCGCUCCCGAGGAGUUCGAGGCUCUCGAGCAAUUCGGUGACCUCAUUCCUUACGGUGACCCGAACUGGUACCAAACCUACCACUCGCCUUACUACAACCAGACUCACGCCGACCUCCGCGCCGAGGUCCGAGAGUGGGUUGAGGAGGAGAUCAUGCCUAACGUCACUGAGUGGGACGAGGCCAAGAUGGUGCCCCAGUCGAUCUACAAGAAGAUGGGUGAGCGUGGUUACCUCGCUGGUCUGCUCGGUGUCAAGUACCCCAAGCACCUCGUCAACAACCCCAUCAAGUGCGUCCCGGUCGAGAAGUGGGAUUCAUUCCACGAGUUGAUCAUGACCGAUGAGCUGUCUCGCAGCGGAUCCGGUGGUUUCGUCUGGAACAUCAUCGGUGGUUUCGGUAUCGGUGGGCCCCCACUCAUGAAGCACGGCAAGCCCGAGCUCAUCAAGCGCAUUGCCCCUGGCAUCAUCAACGGUGACAAGCGCAUUUGCUUGGCCAUCACCGAGCCCGAUGCCGGUUCCGACGUCGCCAACUUGACUUGCGAGGCCAAGCUGACCGAGGACGGCAAGCACUACAUUGUCAAUGGUGAGAAGAAGUGGAUCACCAACGGUAUCUGGUGUGACUACUUCACCACCGCUGUCCGCACUGGUGGCGAGGGCAUGAACGGUAUCUCCGUUCUCCUCAUCGAGCGCGCCCACGGUGGUGUCAGCACCCGCCGCAUGGACUGCCAGGGUGUGUGGUCAUCCGGUACCACCUACGUCACCUUCGAGGACGUCAAGGUCCCCGUCGAGAACUUGAUCGGCAAGGAGAACCAGGGUUUCAAGGUCAUCAUGACCAACUUCAACCACGAGCGUAUCGGUAUCGUCAUCCAGUCCCUGCGUUUCGCCCGUGUCUGCUACGAGGAGUCCGUCAAGUACGCUAGCAAGCGCAAGACCUUCGGCACCAAGCUCAUCAACCACCCCGUCAUCCGCAUGAAGCUCGCCGUCAUGGCCGGCCGCAUCGAGCAAGGCUGGGCCUGGUUGGAGAACAUGAUCUUCCAGGCCGAGCGCAUGGGAGAGACCGAGGCCAUGUUGAAGCUCGGCGGUGCCAUCGCCGGCCUCAAGGCCCAGUCCACCCUCACCUUCGAGUUCUGUGCCCGUGAGGCCGCCCAGAUCUUCGGUGGUCUGUCCUACUCUCGCGGUGGCCAGGGUGCCAAGGUCGAGCGCCUGUACCGUGACGUCCGCGCCUACGCCAUCCCCGGUGGUUCCGAGGAGAUCAUGCUCGACCUGAGCAUGCGACAGGCCAUGAAGGUCCACCAGGUUCUCGGCAUGAAGCUGUAG